GUCUGUGUUGCAGCCGCUCGCCCCGGGGGCCGGCCGCGGACAGCACCCCCAGCCCGCCCGAGGGAGGGAGCCGCCCCGGAGCCCGGCCGUGCCCGGAGCGAUGUCCCGGCCCGGCGGGGGGACCCCAGCGCGCCCCGCCCGGCUCCUGGCUCCGUGAGCGGGGAGCGAUCGCGCAGCGCAGCGCACUGGGUGGUGGCCCCGUGGAGAGGAAGCCCCAGCCGUGGCGCUACCUCUCCAGGGCGCAGCAGAUGUUUCCCGGGGGCGUUGCUGAGCCCGGCCACAAGGGGACCAUGCCCUCCCGGCGGAGCCAGGGCCGAGCUGCGCCCACCGCCCACUGACGGGCCCCCUCCCUGGGGAAGACCAUGGUAAGGGCUCCCAGCCCUGGCCUGGACAGAGCCACCUCCACGUGAGCUCCCCGUGCCCUCAUGAUGAGCACAGCCUACAUCGUGCUGGAGUUGAUCAUUGCGGUGCUUGCCAUUGCCGGCAACGUCCUGGUGUGCUGGGCUGUGGCCAUCAACAGCACCCUGAAGAACGCCACCAACUACGUCCUGGUGUCGCUAGCCGUGGCCGACAUUGCCGUGGGCUUGCUGGCCAUCCCCUUCGCCAUCACCAUCAGCGUUGGCCUCGAAACGGAUUUCCACAGCUGCCUCUUCUUCGCCUGCUUCGUACUGGUGCUAACCCAGAGCUCCAUCUUCAGCCUGCUGGCCGUGGCCAUCGACAGGUACCUGGCCAUCAAGAUCCCGCUCAGAUACAAGAGCCUGGUGACCGGGAAACGGGCAAGAUGGCUCAUCGCCGUGCUCUGGCUCCUCUCCUUUGGGAUUGGACUGACCCCACUGAUGGGCUGGAACAGAGCCCCCGAUGGGCAGGAAAACAGUCGCUGCCAGAAUUCUACCAAUAGCUCGGCCAACCAGCAGGGCUGCUUAAUAAAAUGUCUCUUUGAGAAUGUGGUCACCAUGAGCUAUAUGGUCUAUUUCAACUUCUUCGGCUGUGUGCUCCUCCCACUCUUCAUCAUGUUGGGCAUCUACAUCAAGAUCUUCACGGUGGCCUGCAAGCAGCUGCGGAAGAUGGAGUUGACGGGUAACUCCAGGACUACCCUCCAGAAGGAGGUCAAUGCGGCCAAGUCUCUGGCCAUCAUCGUGGGGCUCUUUGCCUUCUGCUGGCUGCCCCUGCACAUCCUGAACUGCAUCACCUACUUCCACCAGGACUUUGCCCACAACAAGCCCGAUUGGGUGAUGUACAUGGCUAUCAUCCUGUCCCAUGCCAACUCGGUCAUCAACCCCAUUAUCUAUGCCUACAAGAUCAGGGACUUCCGCUGCACCUUCCGCAAGAUCCUCACCAAGUACAUCCUCUGCAGGAUGGAGGAUGUCCCCAAGGGCUCCAAUGGCAACAUCCGGCACCUGACUGUCAGCAAUCUCAACUCUGCUCCUGUAUUUAUCUGACCAUGCCUGUCAUCCUGCAACCUGACCCUGACCAACCCUACCCUCCCCACUCCUUGUGCCUAUGUGGAGGGUGGACCAGGAUCCCGAUGAGUCCCACUAAAUAAUGUACAGCUCUAUUUUUUUUAAUUUUUUUUAUUUUAACAUAGUGCCUCGUAGGGGAAAACAUGGCUGGGGAGGCAAUGUCCUGCCUACCCUCUCUCCUGACCUUCGAGUUAUGGGGGGCUGGUGAUUGCAUUUCUUCCUAGGUCAAAGGUUGGAAGCCCUACGUCCUGGGGUAGGUUUCCCCAGCCAUGCUGCUCACAUCAGUUCCUGGCCUUUGGGAUUUUAUUUAUUUAUUUUUGGCUCACUCAGAAGGAUUUUUUGUUGUUGGUUCAUUUUCUAUGUACUUGAUGCCACUUUGGUAAAGACCCUAUUUUUUCCAUCAAUUGUUUGAUGCAGCUAGUAUUCUCCCAUGGGAAAUAAUCUUAUGUAGCCCAGUUGCUAGUGUAAAACUGAAGCCAUGACCCAGAGUCAGAGGAGAUGGGCUGGUGUUAAUGAGGAAACAAGGCAGUUAAAUGGAGAUCCGGCCACGUUCGUAAAAGGAUGCCCUGCUCGAAGACUGAUAGUUGAGAGGAGAUCUUGUGCUCACCCCCUUUCAUAGGGCUGACUAUGCUCCAUGGAGCCUGGUAGCCCAUCUCUAGCAGUGAACACCUGCUGCUCUACCAAAAAGCCAAACCCUGCUGGUAUUCACAGUGAGGUUGCUUCAGUGGCCACUGAUGUCAAUGAAAAGAUUCCACUGAUUCAUGGGCUUUGGGGCAGAUCCCUAGAGGCUGGUCCUGUUACCCCUGAAGUCAAGGGCAAAGCUCAUGCUGCCUUCAAGAGGGCAGGAUCCAAGUGUGUGCUGCUCUGUGCCCUCAGGAGCUGCAGCUCCUAUUGGCCUUGCACCUACCUGCUGUUCUGAUGACUGUCAGCCCCAGGGCCAUGCUGCAUUCCCAGUGCACGGUGGGGUGAGCUCAGGAUGGUGAGAAGUCUUUCUCCUAGCUUUGGGGGGGUUAUGUCUGGUUAUCUGGAGGGGAUUUAAUUGGCCUGUGACGUUAGAAUGCUGUCUUGCAAGCAACGGCCCCAUGGCACAGCCCAGCCCUUUGGAACAGGUGUUAACGAGAGAGCAAGGUUUGGUUCUUGGGGGGGGGGGG